AUGGUUGAUGCCAGAAUGAGAAAAGGAGAAGAUAAGGAUUACGGUUUAUGGUUUUGUGAAUUAGCCAUUUCAAAGAUGAAUAGUUCGUUUCCUUUUGUUGUUCCCAAACUAACAAAGGAAAAUUAUGGACAUUGGAGCAUAUGCAUGAAGGCAUUGCUCGGCUCACAAGAGGCAUGUGAAGUUGUAGAGAAAGGCUAUGAUGGACCAGAGAAUGAAGGAGCUUUAAGUCAAGCUCAAAGGAAUGCCUUGCAAAGGUACCGCAAGUUAUAUCAACACGCUCUCUCUAUUAUUCACAUGGGCUUAGAUGAAGUCAUGUUCGAGAAAGUUGCGUCCUCAACAAAAGCUAAGGAAGCUUGGGAGAUUCUCGAGAAUAAUUUCAAGAGAAUUGAAAAAGUGAAGAAGGUGUGCCUUCAAAUCCUUCGUGGAGAGUUUGAAUCUCUGCACAUGAAAGAGUCUGAAUUUGUCUUUGACUAUUUCACUAGAGUGUCCUCCAUUGUCAAUCAUAAGAAGCGUAUUGUCAUUGAAGAGUCUAAUGACUUGGAUACCAUGACCCUUGAUCAACUCAUGGGGUCCUUGCAAGUAUAUGAAGAAAGAUUGAAGAAGAAAGGAGAACCGAUGGCUCAAGUUCUCCAAAUGAAUGUUUCCUUGGGAGGUCAACAGAAAGAGCAAGGAUGA